AUGUAUUGUAACCUAAAAACAGGACUUGAAAAUCAAUUUGGCAAGAUUGGUCAAAUCCAGAGUACAACUUACAAUCUUCCUUAUGAUUACAAAAGUGUAAUGCAGUACAAAAAGAAUGCUGGAGCACGUAAAGAAAAUUUGGUUACAAUGGAAACAAUUGAUAAACGUUAUACUGAUGUAAUUGGAAAUUCAAAAGAUGCAUCGUCAGAAGAUUAUAAAAAGAUUUGUUCUAUAUAUAAAUGCAGCAAGUGUAUGGGGAAAAAGUUUAAGCCUUUAAAAAAUAGAAGGAGAUAA